CCGCUGCUGCUCCACCCGCUGCAGACUACUACUAUUAGACUUCAGGAGACAAACUACAGAAUUAACUCCACUGACUGUGUGUGUGGAUGAGAGAGCAGCGGAGGGGCCGUCGGUGGGUCAGUGUUUGGUUGCGGACUCACCUCUGAGUGAAGUGGUACAGUCCCGUUAGUCUCCGUCUGUGAGUCCUGCUGGCAGCAGCAGCAGUUAGCGGACACCGAGAGGCACCAACAUGCGGAUAAACUGCACUUUACUAUAAAACGGACUGUAUAAUGAACUUUUACCGGCUGGUUAUUUUACUGGGAGCAUCGGUGUGCGUGUGUGAUGGCGUGCAUGUCACAGUGCGGGAGAAGCAGCGGUUUGCGAUGCUCUUCCAGUCCGUGGUCCUCCCAUGUCAGUACCAAACGGCCUCCACUCAGAACCCGGUGGUGCAGUGGUGGUACAAGUCCUAUUGUCGAGACCGCACACGAGAGUCCUUCAGCCUGCCCGAGAGUCUGGGCGUCCACGCCUCUGAGCUGGGUGCCACGUCCCACCUGGAGUGCUCCGACAGCAGCCGCACAGUUCGGGUUGUGGCCUCGGCGCAGGGAAAAUCCAUGACGCUGGCUGAGCACUACAAAGGCAGAGACAUCGCCAUCAUAAACAAAGCGGACCUGCGUAUCGGGGAGCUGCAGUGGGGCGACAGUGGAGUGUACUUCUGCAAAGUCAUCAUUUCUGAUGAUCUGGAGGGCAAGAAUGAGGCACAGCUGGAGUUACUGGUGCUCGGCAGGACAGGUCAGCAGGACGAUCUCCUACCUGAGUUUGAUGUGGAGAUUAUGCCAGAGUGGGCGUUUGUGGGAUCUGUAGUCCUGGGCAGUAUCUUGUUCCUGUUAUUGAUGGGGAUCUGCUGGUGCCAGUGUUGUCCUCACUCCUGCUGCUGCUACGUCCGCUGCUGUUGCUGUCCUGACACCUGCUGCUGUCCACGCCACUUAUACGAGGCAGGGAAGAUGGCAAAGAGCGGACCGCCUGCUCCGGUUCCCAUGUAUCCCUACUACAUUCCUGGUGUACCUACUGUGGUUCCUCUUGCCCCUUCUUCCCAUAUGGACCCGAAAAUCGCUUCUAUCCCCUCAGUGGAGAACAACCUGGCUGGAGUGCGCAGUGGUUAUCGACUGAAAGCCAGUCCAGACCAGGACUCAAUGAAAGUUUUGUGCUACAUAGAGAAGGAGCUGGCUCAGUUUCCCUCUGCCAAGAUGGCUGCACUCCAACCCAGUAGCCUAUCAGAGCUGAGCUCUCUUCAUGAUGGAGGGAAUACAGACUUUAGACACACCUAUCAGACGGUCCAGAUGAAGGCGCUCCCGCCCAUCGUAGACCUUGACGACCAGUCAGUGCUGAGAGCUCCGCCCACACACACUCGAAGGCUCAGGCGGGACAGAUGCAAUCACUCAGACGAUGAGCUGGACAGAAGGUGGAACUGCAGCUCAGAGCACCUGCAGAGGAAGACGUUGAGCAAAAGAGGGCGCACCGGCUCCCUGGACGAGCUGGAAGACUUUGCCCAGUCCUGCGGCUCCCGUGGUCGUCGGGCUGAGCCUCCGGACCGGGUCUACGAGCGGGAUUACAGCCCUCCCAGGCGUUUCUACAGAGAUGAAGAUGACAGAUGGGGCCGCCGCAGCCCCUCACCCUUACCACAGAAGAGAAGGGACACGUGGGACAGUGAUCGGCCCUCGCGGCCGCCCCAGAGCAAAGCAUACGAUGACGCCUUUCUCACUAGUGUGCUGGAGAACAAGGCGAGGGGGCGGGGAGGGGACAGAGGUGCUGGUAGACCGGACGAGGACAGUGACACGCCCUCUAAAGGCAGCUCCAGAGGAAAGGGCAGCAAUAGUUACUACAGCCGGUCGCCUAGCAACCGUCCAGAAGAGGAGGACCCUUUGCCUCCGUACUCUGAGUGGGAGGCUGAGCGCUACCGGAGGGCUGACCCAACUGCAGACCGGUACCGGACUGUGGAGCCUCCCAGAUCAGAGCGAUACAGGACCACUGAACCAGCCACGAGGCCCUUCUGUUACACCCGCCCCCAGCAGGGGAUGUCCCACACAAUGCAGGGGGGCAGAGAGGAGAGAGAUAGGAGCCGAAACCUGAGCACUGCACUGAGCAGGGACUCUCUCAUAGUGUGACAAGGUUUCCCAGCCCCGACCCGCCAAUCCGUUCAUUUAACCCGUCCUGUUGCUACGCAGGAGAGGCUAACUGUUCUGCCACCAGCCGCACGAAGUCUGACUCAUCUCACUGAAAAUAACUGCACCUGCAAAAACAGCUAGUGGAUGGAAGAGAAAUGAAUGUGCGCGGAGCAUUAUGUGCAGUUGUUUACGUUAGCACAGGACGUUUUUCCUCAUGUGCAUGAAUUAUGCCUGGGUUAUUUAUGCAUGUGUAGUUUACAGAUGUUACGUAUGAGGUGUGCGCAUCAGUUUUAUUUGUUAAGUUUGAUGAGUUGAGUGACUGGAUGGAAUUAAACCAGUGCCAAGAUGUUUUUUUAUUAUUAUUAUUAUUAUUAUCUGCCAAUUUCAAAAAGGUCUUGUGACACUAAGCAGGACGCCACUGUCUUAUAUUUUCCUUCAGACUUUAUACUUCUCACUCAGUACACUGCGACUCAGGUUCACUUUGUAUUUGUGUGUUUGUCUGUUGUUGAUAUUGUACUGUAAGUACUGUACCUUGAAUUUGUUGUAAUUGCACUGCUUGAAUACUUUUUAAAUAAAGAAAACUCUUAAGUCUU